GGCCUGAGGGAGUGCUGCAGGAGUUUGGACGACCUUUGGUGACCACGUGACUGGAAAGAGGCGCCUCAAGGGAUUAGAGAUGAAGGUAUAAAAGAUCGGCGCCGACGGCCAAUGACACAGACACAAGCAGGAGGAAGGAGAGAUCAGCGGCGGCCUCCUUGGGAUAUCUCCAACAGAGAACAAUGAACGCCAGCCCACCGGCAGGAAGCGCCCUGGCCCCUGGUGGAUCCACCGGCCCCACUACACCCAAGAAGGGCCCACCCAAAUUCAAGCAGAGGCAGACUCGCACGUUCAAGAGCAAGGCCCCCAAACCAGGCCAGAAGGGCUUCGGCGACGACAUCCCCGGCAUGGAGGGUCUUGGCACGGACAUCACGGUGGUGUGCCCGUGGGAAGCCUUCGGCGACAUGGAGCUCAGCGACUUGGCCAAAUACGGCAUCAUUUAAAGCCGCUCUUCCUCUUUGUCCUCUUCUCCGCCCCCUGCUCGGCUGCCCCCGUCCCCUUAAUGCCCCUCUCGUCAUCUACCUCUUGCGUCACUCUACUGCGUAGAGGGUCAUCUUAAUUACACUCUUUUUUUAUAUCUAUAUUAUUAUACAUAUCAUACUGUUUACAGUAUAUCAUAUUCUUGAAAGAUUGACGAGAAAACUUCACGCCCCCUUUUCCUUGCCGACUCCUCCAUUUACAUUCAUAGAGUGCCACCACCCCAACCCACGCCAAAGGACGCGAGAAAAACUGGUCGAAACUAGUUUGAUUUGCUUCUAGCUGGUUAUUUUAAGGGUCAAUAUUUGGUACCUUAUUUCCCGGCGUAACCCUUUUGUAUUUCCUUUCUUGUUAUGCCGCAUUGUCCGACUUCACAAGGUCACGGGAAAACAUGGCGGGCUGCAAGGAGAGCGUCAACAUGACAAUGCCCUUUUAACCCCUUUCAGAUGCUCUCGUCCUUCCAAGCACACGACAGAGCCAACGUAACGUGAACUGACGCGUCCUAAUAGUGGCAUUAAAUGGCUUUCUUUUCAGAA